UGGCUGAUUCGGCGGAGAACAAGAAACCGUGAUGGCCGUCGCUGAUUCGCGCAUCUUCUUUCCUAUAAACUUUCCUAUCAACUAAAAGCAUGGCCAAAUAUUGAUCGUAAAAUUAACUUUUCGGAAUUUUUUCACAAGAACUUGGUCCCCUGAGCCACGAUGGAAGAGUACGCAAGAGAGCCGUGUCCGUGGCGAAUCGUCGACGACUGCGGCGGUGCCUUCACCAUGGGCAGCAUCGGCGGCGCCGUCUUUCAGUCCAUCAAGGGCUUUAGAAACGCACCUUCCGGCUUCAACAGACGAAUGGCCAGCAGUCUGACAGCCAUCAAGGCAAGAGCACCCAUCAUUGGCGGCAACUUUGCUGUUUGGGGUGGCAUGUUUUCGACGAUCGACUGCACAUUAGUUCAAAUUAGGAAAAAGGAAGACCCCUGGAAUUCGAUAAUCAGUGGUGCAGCUACCGGUGGCAUCCUUGCGGCCAGGAACGGCCUUCUUGCCAUGGGUGGCAGUGCGGUCAUCGGCGGCGUCUUACUGGCCAUGAUCGAGGGCAUCGGCAUUCUCAUCACCCGGUUCUCAGCAGAGCAGUUCAAACCAAUCAACCCACAAAUGGAGGACCCCUCGCAACUCGGGCCCCAGCCCAAUGCUCUUUAGGGUUCUUCUUAAUUUUAGGUUGUGAUUGGAUGAAUGCAUGUGGAUCUAGAGUGUAUGGAAAAAGAUGCCGAGAGUCAUUCAGCCAGUGAUCGAGCGCUGCCACUCCCUUGCUGCUGAACCAGGUUGGGUGAUCCGCCUUAGUGCUGUGUAAUUAUCUUUUUCAAAGAAAGAAUAUGUUUAAUUUCAAAUUCGUGUAGAAAUCAGGAACCAAUGCUAAUAAUAAAUGAUUCAAAUAAUUAUAUCAGA